GUAAUGGCGGGGGGACCCCCAGCGUAGCAAGAGGAAAGUCAUGACUGGGGUUAUAUUUUCCGCGAGCGACUGCCAUAACCAGCGACCGCAUUACUUUAUCCGCCAUUUUGGCAACUACAACGAAGAAGCUGAAUCGCUUCAAAAAUACCAAAGCAGUGUUGCAAAAUGUUUGUUGGAGAAUGAACUGAGGGAUCACCAUGGCGACAGAUUUCCACUUAGACCAUGACUAUGGACAGCUGUUGGCCAACCCGCCACACAUCCAGCGAGUGGAAUACGCUCUACAGUUGGACCCACUACUGAACUAUGUGGAGGAUCUGGUGCAUAAAAAUGUGGCGUUGGACGCCGAGAUCGAUAGCGAGAUCCUCCGACCAUGUAAGAAAGACGUGGAAGGCAACAAACUUCUUAAUGGGAUCACAAUCACCAAAGCAGAAAGAAAGGCUGAUAAGAACAGGCUGUAUAAUUUUGGCAAGGUUAAGAAAAGUAGAAAAUGGCUGAAGACGAUCCUGCUGAGUGACAGCUCCUCAGACUCUGAUUCAGAGGCAGAGAUCACGGAGGAGGAGCUACACAACAUGCUCCGCCUACACAAGUACCAGCGCACCAAUCAGAUGACCUUCUACCAGGAACCGGAGCUGCAUCAGUUCCAGUACUACUCCACGGGUUUGUUAUCCAACUACGACCACUACCCAGACCAGCUAAAAGCCAUCCUGGGACCGAAGAAAAAGAUCUCCAAAGAUCAAAAAAAGAUGGAAAGAAAGAUUAAAGCAAAAUUAAAGAAACUUAAGAAAGAGAAGAUUUUGGAAAAUGGGGAUGAUCCGGAGAUGUCAGACGACUUGGACCCGGUCUUACUGCAGGCCAUUCUGUCGCAAAAGGAACACCAGCGCGAGUCUGGGGCUGGUAAGGGGAAGAAACUCACGCCAGAGCAGGCGGAGGCCAGACGCAGACGACUCUGGGUCUCCAUCGCAAAGAAAGAAAUACCCAAGGCUCAGAAACAGAAGAAUGCAGCGCGGAAAGAGAUGUUACAACAGCUGAAGAAGAUUUCCAUGGGUGCGAUGCGAGAAGUGCGCAGAGCUGCAAUCCAGUCUCAGAAGCAGAUGAAGGACACGCCUUCUAAGGCCCGUCGCCUCACGCGAGAGAUGAUGGUCUACUGGAAACGCUUUGAGAAGGUCGAGAAAGACCACAGGAAACGCGUGGAAAAAGAGGCACUAGAAAAACGGAAGAUGGACCUUGAAAUGACAGAGGCAAAGCGUCAACAGCGCAAGUUGAACUUCCUGAUCACACAGACAGAGCUGUACGCCCACUUCAUGGCUCGUAAGAUCACGGGCGAGGACGACAAAGCCAAGGAUAGGAUUCUGCAGAAGUUGGAGGAGCCGAAAGAAGAGAAACAGAGGCUAUCUGGAUAUCUGGUGGACACCUCUGUCGAUGAUUAUGACUCUAUUGCUGCCAAAGAAAGAGCAUUAAAGAACGCUAACGCAGCAUUUGAAGCUCAUAGGGCAAAAACAAAGCAUUUUGACGCAAGUACUAAUGCCAACUCACUUGCCAAUGCUACUUUUGUUGGGGAAGAACGACCUCAGCCCCUGAUGUUUGAGGGAAAACUAAAAGGAUACCAACUCAAGGGCAUGAAUUGGCUGGCCAGUCUGUAUGACCAGGGCAUCAACGGGAUCCUCGCAGACGAGAUGGGACUGGGCAAGACGGUCCAGAGCCUGUCGUGUCUGGCCCACCUGGCUGAGCAGUAUGGGAUCUGGGGACCCUUCUUGAUAGUGGCCCCGGCAUCCACCCUUCAUAACUGGCAGCAAGAGUGCUCAAAAUUUACACCUAAGUUUAAGGUAGUGCCAUACUGGGGUAACACCCAGGACCGGCGGGUGCUGCGUAAGUUCUGGGACUCGAAGUGCCUGCACACGGAGGAGGCCUCAUUCCACGUGGUGAUCACGUCAUACCAGCUCGUGAUCCAGGACGUGAGAUACUUCCAGAGGAUCAAGUGGCAGUACAUGGUGCUCGAUGAGGCACAGGCUCUCAAGAGCAGCGCAAGUGUUCGCUGGAAGUUGUUGCUGACUUUCAACUGCAGGAAUCGUCUUCUGCUUACGGGUACUCCAAUACAGAACAGUAUGGCAGAGUUAUGGGCCCUGUUACACUUUAUCAUGCCGACUCUGUUUGACUCCCAUGAUGAGUUCAAUGAGUGGUUCUCUAAGGACAUUGAAAGCCAUGCUGAGAAGCAGUCUGGAAUUGAUGAAAACCAGCUGUCAAGACUGCACAUGAUUUUGAAGCCUUUUAUGUUGAGACGCGUGAAGAAGGAUGUAGAAAAUGAACUCAGUGACAAGAUUGAGGUGCUGGUAUACUGCCCCCUGACCUCGCGUCAGCGCCUUCUCUACCAGGGCAUCAAGAACAAGAUCUCCAUCGAGGACCUUCUUAACACAGCCAUGUCCAACUCCUCUUCCACCGCCCAGUCGUCCGCAAACUCUCUCAUGAACCUCGUCAUGCAGUUCCGCAAGGUCUGCAAUCACCCCGAGCUGUUUGAACGCCAGGAAAUACGCUCCGGUUUCUUCCAGUCGCUGACGAACUAUGUUGUGCCAAAACUUGUAUAUCGGGCUGGACUUAUAGGCAGUCGAUGUGACAGCAGGGCUCGGCUGCUGUUCAACACUUUCUACAUCCACAAUCCACAUCAUGUGCACCAGUCAUUAUUCCACCAGAACAGUGCAGACUGCCCGGUGAACAGCUGUUUCUCAUUCCUGCGUUUCAUCAACAUGUCUCCCGCUGAGCUCCAUUCCCACAUGUUGGCAGGGCUCCUAGUCAGAUGGCUGGCAGUAUUCCACUGGUAUCGUACGGCUCGUGUCCUCCACCACAGGGCCACCUGGGAAAUCCACCAGCAUGGGAAAAAGACAGUUCAUCUUCACAAUACCAGUUUCCUGCUGGAACCACAACAAACAACCUACUUCACAAAUGUAUCAACCAGCCCCGUUCUGUCGUCUGUGGUGUUCACUGGACAGAAGACAUCAGUCUACACCCACCAAGAUCAUGUGAUUCGCUACACACCAGAGACAGAAUGGCAUCGACAUGUGCGACAGAAACAGCGGGACCUGGCUUUUAUUGCCAAGAAACUUCAGUCAAAAAGUCCACCGUCUUCCCCAACGAAAGCCGUGAAAUCUCCUGGUGCACUUGAAUUACCUCCAGUGCAACCACAUUUACAUCAGGGGAGACAACCAAAGUCUUUACACUGUCAACCAACUGAAUUCCCUCCCUUCCUCUAUUAUGCUAUUCCCAAGGUCCAAGCGCGGUCUCGCAGACAGUACGUUGUGGACCGUAGCUCCGCAUGGGACAACAUUGCUGCCGAGAUGUGUGGUUCCCAGCAGGCAUUCGUCUCCCUGCUGUAUGGGGAACCGGAAAUCUACGAGGAAGUUCGAUACUGGUCAAGGUGGCGCUUCUUCCCGACACAGCCGUCUGGAUUGUUUGGGUGCACUCCGAGAUAUGGCUACUCAGGAGUGUAUGUUCCAGGUAAGGAGAAGAUCAUCACCGAUGCGGGCAAGCUGUACGUACUGGACACCCUUCUACAGAGACUCAAGUCGGAGGGUCAUCGUGUUCUCAUCUACAGCCAGAUGACCAAGAUGAUUGACCUGCUCGAGGAGUACAUGUGGCACAGGAAGCACACAUACAAGCGUCUCGACGGCUCCUCAAAGAUCUCCGAGCGUCGAGACAUGGUGGCGGACUUCCAGGCUCGCUCAGACAUCUUUGUAUUCCUCCUGAGCACACGCGCAGGCGGGCUGGGCAUCAACCUCACUGCCGCCGACACGGUGAUCUUCUAUGACAGUGACUGGAACCCCACUGUGGACCAGCAGGCUAUGGACCGUGCACACAGGCUGGGUCAGACCAAGCAGGUCACCGUGUACCGGCUCAUCUGCAAGGGAACCAUUGAGGAGCGCAUCCUGCAGAGGGCCAAGGAGAAGAGUGAGAUUCAGCGGAUGGUGAUCAGCGGGGGCAACUUCAAGCCGGACACACUCAAACCCAAGGAAGUCGUCUCCCUGCUCAUAGAAGAUGAUGAAUUGUCAAACAAAAUCAAGCAGAGGUCAAGAGACAAGACGGACAAGGCAGAACAGUACAAGGAGAAGGAUCGCAAAAGGAAACGAGACCAGUAUGUUAAGAAACGUGACUUGAAGAAGGUGAAAGUUGAGGAGAACAAUGUCACGAUCCCCGCCGUGGUGGAUACGGACUCUCGUUUGAGCUUCGAAUCCUCCCGGCCUGUGAGUCCUACACAGAGUGAGCUGUCUGUGGGCAGUGAGACGCUAGGCAACGUUGGCCUCGUGAUAGAUGAGAGUAGUAACGAUGCACUUGUCAUCGUGGACGAUGCAGCGACCUCUGGCUCCCCAUUGGUCACGCCAAAGAAGACACGCGGUCGGGGUCGCCCCAAGGGGUCAGGGGUCGGCAGAGGUCGACCGAGAGGGAGGGGUGGCACCAAGAGGGCGCUGUCUGCGGCAGAGAUUGCAGGGGCCCAGGCAGGAAUGACUGCAGCAUACGCAGCUUAUGGCUAUAACUACACAGGGCCAACACCAAGUACGGGAAGCCGAUCGUCCUCCAUAUCUUCUGUAACCGAUAGCAACAAGGCAGCAGGUGCCUCCACUGAAUCCAAUGACAUUACCAGCAGAUGAGAGUGAAUUUAACUUCCUGACCCAUUUGGAAAAGUUAUUGAAGAACAACUUUGUUGGAUUUGCCAGGUCUGCAUGGAGCUUGAGAUAAAAGUGUUUGUAUUUAAGUAAGCUGAUGAUUGAUAGGAUUGCAAAGGUUGCGUAAGAUAAAUGUCAGAGGUUUUUAUGGGGUGUCUGAAAUAAUUUAUCCUUGUUCUGGGAAAAUGGGUUUUAAUGCAUCUGCAUAGCGUUGUCUCAGAUUAGCAUAUGCAGUCCAAUCAGGCUAAUCAGGGAUGACACUUUUUGCUUUCAUGGAAUUUUCUUUUAAAAGAAGUCUUUUAAAAAAAAUCCAGAUUAGUUUACAUGGAAAGUGGCGUCUCUGAUGAGCCUGUAUAGACUGGGAUUUCACUUACCCACAUGCAUUAAACCCUAUUUUCCCAGAGUAGGAGUUAAUUAAAUGAGUCGUGUUCUGAGAAAACUGGGCAUUAUGCAUGUGCGUAAAGUGUCGUCCCAGAUUAGGCUAUGCAGUCCGCACAGGCUAAUCAGGGACGACACGUUCCGCUUUUAUGACAUCUUUGGUUUAAAUAAAGUCUCUUCUUAGCAAAAAUCCAAUUUAGGCGGAAAGUUUCGUCCCUGAUUAGCCUGUGCGGACUGUACAGGCUAAUGUGGGACGACACUUUACGCACAUGCAUUUUGCCCAGUUGUCUCAGAACACAGCUCAAAUGGUCAUGGAACUUCAUAUGGUGCUGUGGUCAUUCUGUGCAAGGACUUGAGCAUUUUUUGUUCAUUUCUCAGGUCUUUGCAAACAAAAUCACAUACCGGUAUUUGAAAUGGGCAAUUUGAAAAUGGCUUCCAGAAUAUACUACUCUCCAUUGUUAUGAAGUUGUUCAUAACACAAUCUGUUAAAAAGAGAUUCACAGAGAAAUCAAUAUGGAAAUUGUGACCAUGUCAUGUGAAUAGUGAUACAAUUGGUGUUUUUAAGAAUAAUUCGUAAUGUUUGCAUGUUUUCCGGUAGUGAAAAUAGUAAAAUUAUGUGUUAUUCCAGAGAUGUAAAAUGUGUAAAAAUUUAGUGAUAAUUACCAGAUGAAUUUCUCUGGAUAUGUUUGUUGAGAAUCAAUGCAUGGAAUAGCAAUUCCAUGAAAGUUUGGACAGUUUUACAGGGAUUUGCUUUGUCAAUAUGCUGUGCCAAUAUUUGUUGGAAUGUCCAAGGAAUGACGAUGAAAGGGGAUGAGUGCAUGGUAGAUGGUGAACGGUUGGUAACACAGCCUCCUCAAAUGUUGUGCCAUGCUCCCUUUGUGCCUACAGAGAUCUCAAAAGCUGGAACAGAACUUGUCCAUACAUGGAUGGAAAGGUCACUGACUGAUUCUUAUGUAUCCUCCUGUUGACUCAGAAAUGGUGAUGAAGCCCAGUGAAGUUAAAAAUCUCCUACAAAAAUAUAGAUUUUUUUGAAAACUUUCAUUGAUUAUCUUUAGAAAAAAUUUCUUUGGUGAAUGAAGCAUUUACUCUUUUCCACUCAGAAGCAAAUUGAAAAUGGCUAUGUGCAAACACCAUAAAACCAGACCAGCCUGUGAGUAACUUGCAUUCUAUUCAGGUUUUAUGCUGUUUGCUGCUUAUCAGUACCUGAGGGUUGGAAAUAAAACCUUUAAAACUUGAAUCUAUUAAGAAAGGUCUUAAAUUAAAUGUAAGUUUCUAAGGGACCACAAAUGAAUCAAAAUAUGUAUCUAAGUGGUAAAGGGUUAAUGUGUAUUCAUUGCAUGUUCCACGGUGGACAACAUCCCAUGAAGCUCAUUCUGUGUUGUGAUAUGACAAGGUUACCAAAACUGGGCUCUAUAAAAAUUGAAAUUGGUAGUAUCCUUGUAGUAGGCUAGAUUGGCUAGUUCUGGCUAUGUGUGUGAAAAAAAUCAUUGACACAAAUACACAAGACAAUGUAUUUUGCAGAAAAUGUAGUAUUAUGACAAAUACUGUUUAGUUGGAUAGUAUCAUUGGAAAGUUAAUACUAAAAUUCAUUUUGUGUUCUACUUAUCUUGUUUUGUACUUGAAUAUAUUAUUCUGUAUAUAGCAUGUAAAUUCUAUGUACUGGUAAAUCACGUGAUGAUCUGUACUUUGCUUACAUUUGGAAACCAUGUUUCUGAGAAAAAUGGUUCUUGGUACUGAGUCUUAUGUAAACAAUACCCUUUGAUUCCAAUAGAAAUUAUUUUUUAAAUAAAAAUCAGUGAUGAACGAUCAGAUACUUGCAGCAAUGUAUGAUUAUCUGUAAAUUAUUACUGGCCUGAACUCCAUAUUAACGGUAGAGGGCUCAAAACCACAAAUGUUUAAUGCAGACAAAUGAAUUUUGUCAUCAGCCAUGAGGUCCAGUUAUCUGGUAAGUGUUCAUGACUCCUGCAAGGUAAAACUGACUUUGUCUCACGGUCUGAAAUGGUGUUUUUUCUGUAUUCCUUUGUUUAAAUAUCAUUAUAAAUUGGUUUUCUCGCAGGUGUAGCAGUUAUUGUACCAUGGGGCUGAAAUAUAUUGUACGGUUAUGUUGUUUUUCCCUUCACAUUCCAUCAUCCAUAUGUACAGGUCAUUUUGAAAAUGGUUAUAUGUGAAAUAAAGUGAGCAUUCUGUAUUCAAAUGUUAUAAUUACAAAACUUUAUAAUAAUUUAACCCUUAAAGCGCUGGAGCUGAAUUUUAAAGGCCUUUGCAAACAGUUUGGAUCCAGAUGAGACGCCACAGAACGUGGCGUCUCAUCAGGAUCCAAACUGUUUGCUAUUCUGAUAGUAUUCUUUGAAAAAAAUCGAAAAAAAUGCUAAUUUUAGAAAUUCAGCAGACGACAUUUUAGCAGACGACAAAUUUCCCAGCAUGCAAAGGGUUAAAAUGUGCAGCUUAUUUGUUUGAACUCAAUAUAAGCUUGGAACCAAUUUCCAAGCUGUCAAUAAAAUGUAGGAACCAGUGUCCGGACUGUUAAAAUAACUUUGUCUGGGUUAUUGAAAUAAUACAGGGAAGUCCGCCUUGGGUCUGUAUUCACCAACCCAUUCUUAGACUUAAGAAUAAAGAAUUGACUUAGAACCAAGAAAAAUAGAUCCAGCGUUUGAAUAUAUACAGGCUCCCACUGGUUAUUUUGUAAUUAACAAACUGGUCUUCACAAAGAAUGAUGAAUAUACAGGUGGUAAAUACCAUGUUUGGCUCAAAAUUAAAUCAGUUCUUGAAUAAUUCAAUUUAAAGAAUAUUCUUUAUUCUUAGACUUAAAAUUUAGAAUUCUUUGGUGAAUACGGGUCCUGAUAAAAAUUAGCAUAAGAAGAAGAUUUACCAGGUUUUGAAAGAUAUAUAAAAACUUCUAUGUUAUUUAAUAUGUUAGAUGUAAAUGUUGUUUGUGCAUACAGUGAUUCAGUACUUUCAGAAUUUCAACAUUAAGAAUACUUGUUCAUUGAGAUCUUCAAUUCCAGGAUUUAUCUUUCCACGAAAUCAACCAAAACUAAUUUCACACAAAUAAUAAUGAUUUUGCAGUAAUUGAAUAUGCAACAUUUAUUUAUUUGAUGAAAAUAGAAGUCAGGUAGGAUUAUUUACAUACUUAAAGUUACAGUAAGUAUGUGUAGGUACAUAGGAGAGGAUUAUGAAAGCCAGAGAGCUUAGUUAUUUAUUGGAUCUUUUAAUAGUGAGUUGAAGACGUGUAAUAAUUCCUCCUUUUUUAUGCCUAUGGCAUUUUAUGAAUUUUGAAGGGGUAUUUAUUUAAACCCUUUCGUUCCUUUGUGUAGGUGUGCGUAAAAGAACAAAUUUCUUAGUGGGAGGCAUUCUUGACUUAUGCACACUUUUUUAGUUUGUACAAUACUUGAUGGUAAAUUGGUUUUCUUUUUGUAUUUUAUAUAUUGUAAAUAAUUUACAGUACAUAUAGUGUACCAACAUAUUGUUUUAAUAGUUGCUCAGAUGUGUUAUGUUGUUUGUUAAUAUUGUUAAAAAUCAUUUUCAUUAGGAACUUUGCAUGUAAAAUAAGAUAAUUUUUUAUGUGUUUUUACUUGAACAAAGAUUUAUGAACUUUGUACCUUAAGAUGUAUCAUAAAAAAUAUUGGGGUUAAAAAUAAUCUUGACAGCAUUACAUUGCUUGUAUUUGAAAAGUUUGAUUUUGAUUAUAACCCUUUGAUAAUCCAUGUAUAGCUUAAUAUUAAUUCCAUUUUUAUGCAAAUACAUGAACCUUAAGCCGGUGAUGAUAGUGUCAUUUUCAAUGAUUUGAAUUUAGGUUAUGUUUUUUGAAAGAGUACUUCAAAACCGACCUGUGUUCUGUGAGAAAGGGGUUUAAUGCAUGUGUGUAGAGUGUAGUCCCAGACUAACCUGAGCAGUCAGCACAGGCUAAUCAGGGACAACACUUUCCACUUUUAUGAUAUUUUAUUGUUUAAAGAAGGUUUCUUAUCAGCAAACACCAAGUUUAGGUGGAAAGUGUCGUUCCUGAUUAGCCUGUGUGGACUGCACAGGCUUAUCUGGGACGACACUUUGCACAAGUUUGUAUUAAACCCCCUUUCCACAGAGCACAGCCCUUUUCUGUUUGGAUUUUGUCACAAAUGUACCUUUACCUGUUAUACCUUGUCACAGUUCAAAAUAUAUAUAAGCUGUUUGGGUUGCUAUUGUGUUAAGAAUCAUUUAUGUUGUGUUUGAAGUCAUUUAUUUAUUUUGUAUGAUUCCUUUAAAUGCUGCGAAAGCUUUACAUAUUCAGGCAUCAUGUUUUAAGAAAAUGUAUUAUUUAUAUACUUAUAUACAUGUAGUCUAGAUUGUAAAUUAUGUUGAGAAAAAUAAAGAUAUUCAAUGUUUGUACGAAAUCUCUGGCACAACUUGUGCUGCUCUUUUGUUCAAACAGACUUAGGAAACACUGUCUUUGUUGUGUAUAAAUAUAUACAGGAAAAUAUAAACAAAGAACUAGUAUUUGUGAAACAAGAAAAUAGAAAAAAAAUCUGCUAUGUUUGGGUGUAAUUUUGUACACACAUAUUAUGGAUGCAGAAGACCAAAUAGUUGAAAAAUUACAGAAAAUGAUACAAACUUUGUAAAUCAUACAGAUUGGCUUUAACAUUUACCAGCAUGUAUUUCAACUAGUUUGUGUUAAGUUGUUCACUUUUUUUGCUAAAAUCACACUUCUUAACAUACAGAGUUGUUAGAUUGCUUAUCUGUUGUCAUUUGUAUAAGAUCACCUGAGCACAGACUGAUCAUGGUGAGAUUUCCGUAUCAACUUUUGUUAAUCCAGAUUUGAGGCCCAAGCUUCAUGAAAUUUGGCCUCAAUGGGUCUUUUGGGUUACAUAACAAGCUGUGUCAAGUGGUAGUUAAAACUAGGUUGCUGGGUCAAAUAAACUAAAAAAACUUGCAAACACUCUAGUGGCCAAAUUUUAAUGUAAAUUGUUAUGAAAUUUGCUCAGAAUAAUUUGUCUAAUGCGAACUUGGCAGCGUUCUAAAUUGGUUCUUAAAACUUCACAAUAGCUGAUCAGACAGUUCAGUUCCUUGGGGUCUCAGGUUAAUGACAUGGGACCUUUGAUUGUUUAAUAUUCAUUUUCCACACCGUAUUUUAUCCUAAAACUUUAGGUAGAAAUCAGUUAAGCUCCAUGAUGUUAAUCUAUAAUUAAGAGUGUAUAGAAUUAAUUGUGUAUGAGUCAUUGGUAGAGUGUUUACUUCAUACUUUAGUUUUCUUUUCCAGUACCAUUUCCUUUAAUUUAAUUGUUUGAAGUAUUUGUGUUGUAUUAUUUUCAAUUUUUUCACACUAAUAGUAAAUUGUUUGAAAAUUACACUUUCAUUUCUGACAAAAAAAAUAGGCGUUUAAAAUUUCAUCCGUAAAAAAAUAAAAAUAACUUGUGGCUAAACAUGAGAAUAAUUCUGUUACAGUAAUGCAGUAUUUACCAUAUGAUUUAUAUUAUUUAAAGUGUUUUUGUUUGUUAAAUGGUCACCAUUAAAUUACUUGAAGCAUCGCACUUGAUUUUAGUAGCAUGUGCAGCAUAAUAUUUUAUAAGCAUGUGUGAUUUUUACACAAGAAACAAACAUGAAUCUGUAGUAUUAUUUGUUGUUUAAAUAGUGUUUCAAAUGCCUCAUCAUGCUUAAUAUGCAAAAAAUGUACAAUUAUUUUUCACUGUCAAUGUUUUUUUAGAAAUAUAAACAUUAACUUUGUUUCUGUUCAAAGAAAUGAUACUGAAACCA